AUGAGCUCCUUCUACGACGGAAAGGACCUGGAGGAAGAGCUCAGCCGAGUCAGCUGUCCUGAUGACGAUUUAUCCUUCGAGUACCUGUUUGAGUACGAGCCGCCCUGCAGCGACUUUCCUGGGGGAGAUCAAGAUGAGCCCAACCUCGCCCCCCACAAAGUCCUCAGUCCUGAAUCUGAGCAGGCUUUUCCUCUGGACGAGACCUCCCCUUACAGGAUCAAGUCCUGCAGCCCUUCCUAUGCUGAGCACGGCAACGGGGUCCUCUUGGGGUAUGAGAACCAGGAGGCCAGGAGCUACCAGGACAGCAUCCGGCCUGUGGGUCUGGCCCUGAGCCCUCGUAUUGAGAUAACCCCCUCCCGUGAGCACUACAGUCAUGGCCGGGACUCCCUGCAGAGCCAGCACGUGAACAUUAGCCCCCGGCCCACCCUCACUGUUCCCGGCCAUGACAGCCUGUCCUACCGCGAGCCCCAGUGUCUAAGUCCCGCUAGCAGCAACUCCUCCACAAGCUGGCACUCGGAGAGCUACUCCCCCUGGGCGUCCCCGUGCGUGUCCCCCAGCAACGGCCAGAACCCCUCGGACCUCUGCCCCCGGCUACAGAGCAUCCACACCAGCUCACCCCGCACCUCCCCAGGAACCUCCCCUCGCACUAGCUUGGCUGAGGACGGCUGCCCAGGAGCCCGUUCACCCUCACCCAGACCUGGCUCCCGCUCCGCCUCCCCCCAGGGGAAACGUACCUACGACAUGUACAGGAAUCCAGGGCUGAUCCCUGGGCACCGCUCCCCCAGCCCCUCUCCACAUGGAGGCCAUGAGGAGCUCAACACAGGAGCCCACUAUGCACACAGUGGCCUGGUUGAUGGUGUGAAUGGGUUUGGCAGUGGUCAGCCAGGACUGGUGCCCACUAAAAUAGUGAAGACCUCCAACCAGGUCUACACCCUGUACCCAGAGAACCACGGAGAUGGGAAUUACCUGGUGUCCUGUGAUCAGGACAUCAAAACCAAACCUGCUGCAGAGUCUUUCUUUGUCAUCCCACAAAUGUGGCCCAAGCCACUGGUUUCCAGCAUCUGCAGCAUCCCUCUGGCUUCGCUCCCCCCACUGGAAUGGCCCCUUCCAAGUCGCACAGACCAGUAUGAGCUCCACAUUGACGUGCAGCCCAAACCGCACCACAGGGCCCAUUAUGAGACAGAGGGAAGCAGGGGUGCAGUCAAAGCACCCACAGGAGGGCAUCCCAUUGUGCAGUUACUUGGCUACAGAGGCAAAGACCCCCUUGGCCUACAGAUUUUUAUUGGUACAGCAGAUGAGCGCAUCCUCAAGCCCCACGCUUUUUACCAAGUUCAUCGGAUCACCGGCAAGACAGUCACCACCACCAGCUUUGAGAAGAUCAUCAACGGCACCAAAGUCCUUGAGAUCCCACUGGAGCCAAAGAACAACAUGAAAGCAAUAAUUGACUGUGCUGGGAUUCUAAAGCUCAGAAAUGCUGAUAUUGAAUUGAGGAAAGGCGAGACAGACGUUGGGCGGAAAAACACCCGAGUUCGUCUGGUGUUUCGUGUGCACAUACCCCAGCCUGGAGGACAGCACGUCUCUCUCCAAGUGGCCUCACAUCCCAUUGAGUGCUCUCAACGUUCAGCACAUGAGCUUCCCAUGGUGGAGAAGCAGGACUUGGACAGCUGCUCUGUUCUGGGUGGUCAGCAGAUGAUCCUGACUGGGCAGAACUUCAGCUCUGACUCAAAGGUCAUUUUUCUGGAGAAGACUCAGGAUGGCCAACAAAUCUGGGAGAUGGAAGCAACCGUGGACAAAGAUAAGAGCCAGCCAAGCAUGCUGUUUGUAGAGGUCCCAUCUUACCGGGACACAUCUGUGUGCCAUUCUGUCAAAGUUAACUUCUACGUGAUCAACGGCAAGCGAAAACGCAGCCAGCCUCAGCAUUUCACCUACGCUCCACUGGCAUCUCCGUACAUUAAGGCAGAGCCUUUAGAUGAGUAUGAAGCAGACCACAUGGGCUUUGGGGGACCUCAGAUUUUAGGUUUGCCCCCUCACUCUUUUUGCCAUAACCCUCGCAGUGUCCUCCACCCAGACAACAGCCUGGUCUCUGGCAUGACUUCUUGCCAACGUUUCAGCUCCAGCCUUCCAGGCCAAGAUUCACGUUUCCAGCACCAGAGCCCAGCUAUAGUCUACUCCCGCGGAGGAAGGAGUCUUAGCGUCAGCCCCGGCACUUGGCAAACUGAUGGGCCAAUGCCUGAACCCCACCGGUCAGUCCUUGUCCACACAGGCUCACCAGUUCACUCUGUUGGUCCCAUCAGUGCAGUUCAACACCCUUCCAUCAUCCAGUUCUCUACCACCAACCACCACCUGCUGCAAGCGGGAGAUGCUCAGACGCUUCCUCCCUCUCAGCCUGAUAACCAUCAAAUGAUCUACUGCGACGGCUACCCCCCACAGUCUGCCUCCCAGUCCCCCACACAUCCCCAGGCCCAACCAGUGGGGACCCACCCACAGCCCUGUCCCACUGUGAUUCAGCCAAAAGUCCGGGUCCCGUCUGGAACCGGGCAGAUGGAAGCUCCAGAAGGCGCACAAAGACGUGUGACGGUCAAGGAGGAGAACUUGGACCAGGCCUACCUAGAUGAUGUGAAUGAGAUCAUUCGAAAGGAUCUGACAGGCGUUCAGGCCAGAGGGCAGACAUAGACGGCAGACCCAAGCAGGAAAUGACAUCAUGUCCCCUGACUUCAUUACCCACUUUCUCAGGCUUCAGCCUUCUACUGAGGCGCCACACUCCCAGCAGCAAACAGACCUUACAUCAAGCUUUUCUUCACCUGUAGACAGAAAAAUCAGCUCCUGCCUGCUGCGUUUGCUUCAGUUUGUUCCUGAUAUUAAAUUGGGCCAAAAGACAAGAUCAUUGGACCAAGAGUGUAUGGCACCAGCACCAAUAUGUUCAACAAGUAGGAUCACUCAGAAAAGU